UGUUCUUUAUUUGAAAAUUUUUAUUUGUAUUUUUUCCAGAUGGUUAAACUUAGUGAAAAAUGAAUAAGGAAGAAAUAUUGAGGUGGGAUGGAUUGCCUCUAAAGGUGAUGAAUUGUGAAGCAAGGGUUCUCUUUGUAAAAGAUUUCCUGCAGCUAGGUCUAGCUCUCAUAGAGGGAUCUAAGGCGGCGGUUUGUUUGUUCAGAGGUUGUCAGUUCAUCCGCCCUAGAGGAAAUAUAGACUCCAUGUCUCAGUGGUUAUCAGAGGGAACCAAACUCCGGGUUCAUGCAAAGAAAGAGAGCAACUCUAAGAUGGUUGCGUACCUAGCUACCUCGGUUUGGUUCGAGGAUGAGGAUUAUGAACAUGAGAAUGUGAAUUUAUUGUACUAUCCGACAGACCCUGAGAACCUGGAAACCUACAAUAGAGUAGCAGAUGAUUUGACCUGGGGAAUCAAGGCAACGGAUAAAGAAUUGAUAGCACAUUCUUGGUCAGAUAAUACCAGUAGAGACAGAAGAAGUUCUGUAGAGGACAGGAAGGAUAGAUCGGACAGACAUUCCAGAGAAACAUCAACGGGUCGAGACAGAAACGGGAGUUCUUAUGAUGAUCGACAUAAAACUGAAAGAAAUUCAGAGAGCAGAUAUUCCAGAGAAAGAUCAGCAGAGCGAGAUAGAGACAGGAGUUCAUAUUAUGACCGGCAUAGAGAUAAAUCUAGUAGAGGGUCCGAUGAUAGAGACAGAAGUAGUUACAGUUCGGAGAGGGAUUAUCGGAGACAGGGUAAAGAAAGGCGGGAAUCCUCGGAUAGAGAUCACAGGCAUUCAUCUCGAGGAUCAGAAAGAUCAAAUAGACCAGACAGAUCCAAUAGAUCAGACAGAUACUCCAGGGAGUCUGAACCCCGUGUUUCUGGAGGCCGAAGAACCCCGGAUACAAGAAGAGACCUGAAGGAUGAAAUUAGAGAAGAACAGACCAGAUAUCGCAGAACUGAAAGGGAAAGGUCUCGAGGUGAUGAGCGAUAUGAUUCAGAGAUAAAAAAGAAGAAAAAGAACGCACCUGAUGAUUUUCGCAGGUUGAUUCAACCUGAACUGCCAGGCUUUGACCAAGACCAGGGAGAAGAAAGUUGGAACAAUGAACCUCUACCCGAAGAUCUGACAUCGGUUGAUUCUGUAGAAUUAAUCAAACCUCAACCUAAACGAGAACGCUCCGGGAGUCCUGAUAAACCUGAAGCUUCUCUACCCGAAGCUAAGAGACCUCGGUAUGUUAGUCCGGAGAGAGAUAACCUUGGUGUCUCAUUUAUCACCAAAUACCCGGAGGUUCCUCCACACACACGCUGGAAAUUCAAAGAUCUUGUGGACAUAGGACCCCGGCCCUUCAACGAGAUUCCGGCAGACGACUCUGGGAUCCCUGUAACCAUAGAUUCCUGGUUGGAUGAAGAAAGUGGGAUUCUCUGUUCUCGAGACGGAGCUCUAAUAUCCUUCCACUUUAACCAGAUGUGGGAAAAUGUGAGCAAGUCCUCCUGGACACAAAUGCGGGAAAUAUACUCCUCAGUAGAAGUUAGAAUGAAAUUUCCAAUUGGAGCAAAACUUCGUUGCUUUUACAGCAAGCGAGAUCUUGGCAGCUAUCAAAAUCAAGCCACAAUGAUUUGGAAGGAAGGACCCUCUCCUAAAAACUGUCGAACCCAAGAGUAUUUUGAAGACCUGCAGAGGAUCGCUAAGAAUAUAAAAGGAAACCAGAACGUCACAAACAGCUUGUUUUCUACCUGCAGAGACGCAGUUGUACAAGAAUAUGUCAGCUAUGAAACUGGACUCGUCAGGAUGUUGGACGAUGAUAUGGGAGUUGCCUUAUUUUCUUUAGAUCAGGUUUGGGACGGAAAAGGAAAUUAUCUUCUGAAUACAGUCUCUCAAUCCCUUCACAAUUAUCUACCAAUAGGCUCUACCGUCAAGGUUCUGGUCAGAACAAUUCCAUAUGAGAGAUCCUCCCAACUCCGAUACCAGGCAACUCUAAUCUGGAAACCUGAAUUUGGAUCUAGUUCGCCAGAUACUUUUACAACAAUGAUGUCUGUUCGACAGAAGAGGGUUGAGAUGAGUAGAAAGAUGGAUAUCCUUCAUGACAGAUUCAAGCAAAAUGCUCUACUCUCCGUCACAAGAACUAGUCAGAAUUCCGAGCCUGUGGUUGUGCCUGUAUCUCUAAAUAUGCUCCCCUCUGAUGGUAAAGCAGUAGUUCUCACUCCGCUCUCUAGCGAGUCUACUCACCUCGGUCUCAUCCAGGUUUCUAUACCGGAGUACAAGAACCCAAACAAGAUAAUGACGAUGUAUGCUAUAUUCCAUAUUGACGAUGUAUAUGAUGAGCAUGGGAAACAAUUAAUAAAGGUUCGAUCUGAUAUUCAGAUUUCCCAUCUCAAGAAUACCCAAGUAAAUCUGAUUGCUCGAAGCAUCGCGAAUACUGAAUCCUACUCUGGACUGAAGAGUUUACUUGAGAAACACAUCUCGGAAUACAAAGAUCUACAGAUUCCUUUGCUCCAAGCUGUUGUUGUGUUUAUAAACCCUGUAUCCGGAAAGACUAAAACAGGAGGUGCUCCGAUCCCGACAUUUUUCAGAAGAGAUCCUUCCAGUUUUAACAGGAAACAGUUUGGAACAGCGUACUAUUUUAACCUGACCCUGAGAUGUAGACUAGAUCUAAAGGUUCAUGAAUUCCUGGAGUGUUGCAGUAACAACGUGAGCAAUGCAUCCAAACAUUUCCUGGAUGUAAGGUUCACGGACCAAAAGAUAUUGGCUCAAAACAGAAGGGUAGGACCGAGGUUUGCUAUACAAAGAUUGGCAGGUAUAGAUGUUCACGGGGAUAUCAAGAACGAUUUCGGUACUUUCAAUCCUUUGAAGGUUGAAGUUGCAUCAGGAGAGCUCCCAGAAUUAUUCAAGGAUAAAGACGUAAAGAUCAAGGUUAUCUGGUUGGAUAGACCCAACCCUAAAUACGGUUUGGCGAAGAUCAGCUUCGGAACUUCGUCUGCGUUAGCAUUUUUCAGCCUUAACGCACUAAAUUCAAAGAGAUAUGUUUCUGAUCUUUCUUCCAUACUCUGGAGAAAUAUGAAGUAUGUUCUCUCCAAUGCUAUUCUUAUGGACGCUAGUAAUAAAAUUCCUUAUCUCAUUACAGAGCUCUGGAUUAUCGGAGACAAGAACCCGACUUGGAGCUGCCAGUUAAAUGUUCUCAAGGACGAGUGGAUGAAGGUGGUAAGUUUAAUAAAUGAUGACAAACAGUCCUUGAACUUCAGAUGCUGGGAUUCCGUUGAAAGAUGGAACAUGGACAACUUUGAGGCAAGUUUGCUGAAGCUGGAGAGUUCCAUGGAGCCUUCAGGAUUAGUUGUUGCACGAAGUUCUGGUUGGAGAACAAGUCUGAAGAAUGUAGAGGCAAAGGUCGAGCUUAUAUUGAGAAACUUUGGUUGUGCUUGUGGUUACCAGGAACUUCCUGGAAUAGGAUCUAAGAGGUUCUUUGUUCUUUUUGAUUCCUGUGAUCUAUAUAUUAACAACGCUCCUCCAGACCCUGCUGCCGGUCCACCCGUCCUCACCGAUCAUAUGAAAGUAGGAGACAAAAUCCGUCUAAACGCUGUUCAUGUAGAAGUUGAGAAUUCGUGGAACCUUGUUUAUCUUGCAUCUGCUGUAUCUGUUCUCAAGGGAAGAGAUCCGCCUAAACUCCCUGACUCAGCAAUAUUUUUUGAAGAUUCAACCAAGAUAAAACCAGAUAAGAUUAAUAACUUUAAGCUUGUCAUGACCAAGAUUGUUAAGAAAACUCCACCUCCUGAGAUUAUUCCUCCCAAAGUGAAUGAAAACGUGAAUGUACAAGGUUCAAGGUAUAAAAACCAUGACCAUUCUCUUCAACGAUCUAAUAUUCAUCAGGGGCAGAAAUCUACCCAAAACCGAGCAGCACUAGACAAUGCAUCUAAAGCAUCAGCUGCCCGGAGAACAUACCUUGCGACGUCAAACCCCGAAAUUUUUAAGGAACUGAGAAGCAUGGAGAUUCAAAGAUUCGGUAAGUUUUCCUAUGACUGUAAGUUCUGUGGUAUCCAGGGUAUGAGCGUUGAAGAUGCUGAAGAUCAUAUCAGUUUAGAAAAUCAUUCGUUGGCCAAGAACAAACAAACCCAGGCGACUGAAGGAACAAAGAGUCGGUUCCAGGACCGAGGAGAAGCUGAGGAGGCACUGUUUCUUAAUGCAAAUAAAUCUGUCAAGGUUUCUGAGAGGAACGGGAGAAGAAUAUUCUCCUGUGUAGACUGUAAAGCAAACAAUAUGCCGUUUGAAAGCGCUAAAAGACAUAUUGUAUCCCAAGCACACAAGAAGAAAUCUGUUAACCUCGACAGCGCAAUUUUGGAUCAGGAAUGUAAAGAGAUGCGGAAGAGGUUGGAGAGAAGUGGAGUUGUUUAUCACUGCACACCCUGUUCAUUUCAGACUGAAAACAUCACACAAAACAAAGAGCACAUUUUAUCGGAGGAUCACAAGAGAUUAACCACCCUUUAUUGUCAUGUGUGUAAAGAGUUUAGUCGUAAUAAAUCCCAUCUUCAAGAUCACAGGUUCUCGAUAAAGCAUAAGAAGAAUGUUCACAAUCUAGAAUUUGAAUGUGAGAAGAAAACUGAUAAACCGAAGCGACCUCUACUCCCCACAGUUCCAACCUCGGAUUCAACCACACAGGAAUCUGAACCCAAGGACGGAGAAAGUUUUCAAUGUAAAUAUUGUAAUUUCAAGGGAAGUAAUUCGGAUGAAUUUAAAGAUCAUGAGAACACGGCAUCUCACAAGAGAAGAGUUUUCAUCCAGACCCAACAGAUGCCUUUGGACGGAAUCAACGGGUUUGAGUCUUCAGGAGAACGCUGUACAACAAUUGAAGAAAUGUGUUUAGUGAGGGAGGGGAAAGAUUUGAAUGAGCGUAGCUCCAGGGAUAAAAGUUUACGAGAUUCUGAUGAAAUGAAGGAAGCUAAAGAACGUUUAUUGAAUAAUCUAUUUGAUGGUGGUGUGUUUACACAAAUGGAAAUCAAGACCAAGGUUAAAUGUAACACCUGUAAUGUUCUUCUCAACGGAAAGGAAAAGCAAUUAACUAUGCAACUUUUAGCUCAUCUUACAGGUGAUAAGCAUAGUAACAAUCUCAGGGUACAAAUCAAGGCAGAGGAUAAAUCUGGGUUGGAUAGAAACACUCUGGUGAGAGAGGAAGAGGAAAGGGAGAGAGCCGCUAAAUCUCCGACACCUGAACCUGAACCAGAAGCUUGUAUUCCCAGUUCAACGGCCGGAAAUGAUGAGAUUUUGGAUUGGUUAAAGACGAAAACUGACGAGGUGGAGUGUAUAAUGUCGGAUAGACUCUUCUACUGUAAACGGUGUAGCACUGGGUUGAAAACACUCCGCGAGUUCUUUAAACAUAUGCUCUCGGAGAUCCACAAGGUCGGGAUGUGUCCCAGUAGAGAAUGGAGAUUAUACAUGGAUAUGGUAGAUAUCUACGAACAUGGAGACGGAUACUUUAAAUGUCUGCCGUGUAAUACCGAGUACAUGAGGAAACGUGAACUAGAGUUACAUCUCGGUGUGAUGGAGCACAUGCAGAGGUUUGUAGACGAAAACAAAGAUAAGCUCGUGGAGGACGCUAUCCCGGUAAAGAGUCCGAUGUGUUCUCCUUGCAAUCAAUAUUUCCGUUGUGAGCAAGAUCAAAAGAUUCACGAGAAGUUAAAACACAAGAAGGAUAACGGGUUUACCAGUGAUCAGAUUGAAAACUUGAAAACUCUUUCUCAAUCCCGGAAUAUGAGCUCCAAACCUGAUCUCAACAGAGCAGAGGGCAGAAUUCUCCAGGUCUUACCGGAGCAGGAGUUUGCUUUGCUUCAGAUUUCUCCUAAAGUAAAUCAAUAUAUCAACGUACUCUUUGAUAUAUCUAGACUCGAGAUAAAGGAUAAACAGGAGAAUAUAUCCGACACUGUAGUUCCUGGUUACCCAGUUAUCCUUACAGCUGUUGAGAUGGAACCUGAGGUGCCAGGAUAUUCGGAAAACAUUCCUUAUUACGCUACCGCGGUAACUAUAGGAGACGAGGAUGAUCAUAAUUCUAGUCCAGUUCUCUUUUCAACUCUGCGAAGCGAGAUUGGUUCUACAAUCCUCGAAGGUCAGAAACUAAGCAAGGCGGCCCUUCAUGUCCAACUUGAAGAAUGUGCGAAUGGUAAACCAACCCAAAUUUUCCAUACAUUCCCUAAUGUAGUAGAGAUUGGAACAGGAAUAGUGAUUAUGAAAAACCAAAGUGUUCUUCUAAUUAAAAUGCAGGAGGAAGGUUGCUACGCUCUGCAAAUACUUGAGAGUGUUUAUUUAACGGAGAACGAAUAUGAAUCAUCCGCAGAAACUUUUGAAGUUGGCGAUACUCUACACUUUAACGCGGUCCUGCUUAAUCCUUGUAAUGCAACUCAGUACCUUGUAACUGGAUGUUGGAGCAUGCUACAACGUCCUACAAUUUCUCCGUUAAAACUGAGUCUGAAAGCAGUGGAUAUGUACCAUACACUAGCACUAUCCUACUGUUCUGAUCCGUCCUCUUGUUCAGUCCUGGAUAUAUCGAGCGUUCUUGUCCCCUCAGAGUUCGGAGUUGGGUUCGAUGAUAUUGCUGAAGAUAUUGGAGAAAAGAGUCAAGAUGAAAACGGAUUAGCUGAACCAGAGGGAUCUUCUCCGGCUCCUUUCUUCCGGAUAAAGAUUCCGAGCUUUGCAAACAAAGCAGUUUAAAACUUUGUGAUUCUACGCAUAAUGUAAAAAAUUUUAUAUUACAAAUUGUUUAUUUCCUUUAUCAAUAUAAUUCAAAUGAUUUCAACCAA